UCCCUCCAACUUGCUUAUGCAAAUGCUCCUGAGUAUUUUUACCAUGUCUGUGGUGGCACACUCAUUAGUACUACAUGGGUCAUGACAGCCGCCCACUGCAUCAACGCGCGAACUGGAACAAUAUACCGAGUGGCUCUGGGUGACCACAAUCUGUUCAACUUUGAUGGCACUGAGUAUUUUAUCGGUGUUGAUGGAAUAUUCAUUCAUGAGGGUUGGGACCCCUCUGACAUUGCAAAUGGCAACGACAUUGCCUUGCUGCGUCUCUCUGCUUCUGCCUAUGAUAACGGCUUUGUUGAGCUAGGAUUACUUCCAGCCGAAGGAGACAUCUUGCCUAAUAACUAUCCAUGUUACAUUACUGGAUGGGGAGUAACUACUAGUAAGUGGAAAAAAAUGUUUUGCAGUUUAGAAAGACCAUGCCAGAUUCAAGCCCUUGUGUGA